CAUUCUUGACACUGGGCAAAGCAGAGCACGUUGUUGCUGAAUUUAAUUGUAUUUACUUGUAGUUACAGUGAAUUUUUUAUUUGAUCGUGAAAUUAGAAUUAAUUUCUAAUAAUGUCUACCACUAGAAUAAAAAAGCCGGUAACGCGUCGAGGAAAACGAUUUCUAGAUGAACGGGAACCAAAAACAAUUGAAAAUCCUAAGAAAACUUUAAUAAUGGAAGGCAGAAAAUGCUCCAACGAAAUUCGACAAGCAUUAAAGGAUCUGUACUUGUUCAAAAAACCUCUAGCCAGUCUUAUGCGCCGGAACAACGACGUCACAUUAUUUGAAGAUGCUACUCCUCUUGAACAAUUAGCUAAAUCAAACGACUGUCAAUUGUUUAUGUUCGGGUCUUCCUCGAAAAAGCGUCCAAACAAUCUAAUAUUGGGUAGAAUCUACGACGAACAGGUACUAGAUAUGGUUGAAUUUGGCAUCAAAGAAUACAAAAGUCUGCAAGAUUUUAAGAAUGAAAAAGUUUCUGCUUUUGUGAAACCAGUUAUCGUAUUUAAUGGGUACAAAUGGAAGUUAACAGAAGAGCUACGUCGCCUUCGUAGUCUACUACUUGAUAUGUUCCACAUAGAUAAUGUAAAUUCCAUUCGAUUGCAAGGUUUAGAACAUGUAUUGAGUUUCACGAUUACAGAAGAUCUCACCAUACUAGUGCGCUCGUAUCGGAUUAUGUUGAAAAAGAGUGGACAGCGAACUCCCCGAAUCGAGUUGACUGAGAUGGGCCCGUCGAUGGAUCUAAUCAUUCGCCGUACAAAAAUAGCUUCGGAUGAUCUGUUUAAAACGGCGAUGAAGCAACCAGAAAUAUUGAAAGUUGCGAAAAGGAAAAAUGUUAGUCGUGAUGAGCUGGGUAAUGUUCACGGAAGAGUACACGUUGGAAAGCAGGAUAUCAAUAGCAUCCAGACAAGAAAGAUGAAGGGCUUGAAAAAAACCGCAGAAGAAAAGAAAACUGGUCGUGCUGCAAAAAAACGUCGUAUGGCCAGUGGAUCGGAUGAUGGAACAUCCGAUCGGGAGAACCAUUACAGCGACGCUGCUUCUGGAAACAGUGCAAAUAAUAGUGACAUAGAUUCAAACGACGAGUGAUUCAAUGAAAUAAAACAAAUAUAUCUGCAUUUGUUUUAUUUUUAGUUUUACUUAAGGGAGACACUAUGAAACGUUAGAAAAAAUGGUAAAUUAUGUUUUUAUCGGAGUGCAGAAUAGGGGUGUAUAUCGUCG